UGCUUAGCUGGCUGAGCAAGUCCUGAGGCUACAAUUGACAGGCAGACCCUGGAGCCUCCCGGAGGGGGCCGAGCUCUGAUGGGGGUGCCCCCCUGCCCAGGAAGAGGAACCCUGCAACGGCGGCAGCCAGGUCUCAGCCCCCCACUCCUGGUCCUGGAGUCCAAGGUUAGCUCAGGCCAGGCGGACGCUCCAGCCGCUGAGCCAAACCGGCCAGGGCAGUCUUGUCAUUUCUUACAUCUCUUGACACAUGCAAGCAGCACUGACAUUUUCACAUUUGCUGAAUGUAUGCAAGAAGCAGGGCAGCUCCCUGGCUCAAGAGCAAAUGGCCAGAGGACCUGGAAGACCAGAAGACAAUUCCUGGCCAUUCAGCAUGGUGUCCCAGGGAUCCUCACCCUCCCUUCUGGAGGCCCUGAGCAGCGACUUCCUGGCCUGUAAAAUCUGCCUAGAGCAGCUGCGGGCACCCAAAACCUUGCCCUGCCUGCAUACCUACUGCCAGGAUUGCCUAGCCCAGCUGGCCAAGGGCGGCCACCUCCGAUGCCCUGAGUGCCGCGAGACUGUACCUGUGCCAGCAGCAGGCGUGGCUGCCUUCAAGACCAACUUCUUUGUCAACGGGCUCCUGGAUUUGGUGAGGGCCCGGGCCGGUGGAGACCUGCACGCAGGAAAGCCAGCCUGUGCACUGUGCCCCCUGAUGGGGGGCACCAGCGCUGGGGGGCCAGCCACAGCUCGGUGCCUGGACUGUGCUGAUGACUUGUGCCAGGCCUGUGCCGAUGGGCACCGCUGCACCCGGCAGACUCACACCCACCGAGUGGUGGACCUGGUGGGCUACAGGGCAGGGUGGUAUGACGAGGAGGCCCGGGAGCGCCAGGCAGCCCAGUGUCCCCAGCACCCAGGGGAGGCUCUGCGCUUCCUGUGUCAGCCCUGUUCCCAGCUGCUGUGCCGAGAGUGUCGCCUGGACCCACACCUGGACCACCCCUGCCUGCCCCUGGCUGAAGCUGUGCGUGCCCGGAGACCAGGCCUUGAGGAGUUACUAGCGGGAGUGGACAAAAACCUGGCUGAGCUAGAAGCUUCCCGGAUGGUGGAAAAGGAAGCCUUAGCUUGUUUACGGGAGCAGGCAGCCAGAGUGGGGACACAAGUAGAGGAAGCUGCUGAGGGGGUUCUCCGGACCCUCCUGGCCCAGAAGAAGGAGGUGCUGGGGCAGCUACGGGCCCAUGUGGAGGCUGCCGAGGAGGCUGCUCGGGAGAGGCUGGGGGAGCUGGAGGGCAGGGAGCAGGUGGCUAGGGCGGCAGCUGCCUUUGCCCGUCGGGUGCUCAGCCUGGGUCGCGAGGCUGAGAUACUUUCGCUGGAGGGGGCGAUUGCUCAGAGGCUCCAGCAGCUGCAGGGUUGUCCCUGGAUGCCUGGACCAGCCCCCCAUCUGCUGCCCCAGCUAGAGCUCCAUCCUGGGCUUCUGGACAAGAACUGCCACCUGCUAUGGCUCUCCUUUGAGAAUCAGCAGCCCCAGAAGGACAGUGGGAAAGAUGGAGCUGGUAGCCAGGGAGGUGAAGAAACUCAGAGCCCCAGAGAGGAUGGAGCCAAGACAGAGAAACAAAGUGCAGUCCAGCCCCAGAGUAGGGAUGGAGUCCAGACCCCAAAGGAGAACAGAGCCCAGUCGCCUCAGGAAGAUGGAGCCCAGAUCCCAAAGGCAGAGAGAGCCCAGACCCCCAAAGAGAGCAGAUCCCAGAUGCCCCAAGAAGACAGAGAAGCCCAGACUGCAGUGGGCUGCAGAUCCAACAAGAAGAGGAAGUUCAAAGGCAGGCUGAAGUCAAUUUCCCGGGAGCCCAGCCCUGCGCCUGGGCCAAACCUGGAGGGUUCUGGCCUCCUUCCCAGGCCUAUCUUUUCCUGCAGCUUUCCCACACGGAUGCCGGGAGACAAGCGGUCUCCCCGGAUCACUGGGCUCUGUCCCUUUGGCCCCCGGGAGAUCCUGGUGGCAGAUGAACAGAACAGGGCUCUGAAACGCUUCUCCCUUAAUGGCGACUACAAAGGCGCUGUACCUGUUCCUGAGGGCUGCUCCCCAUGCAGCGUGGCCGCCUUGCAGGGUGCGGUGGCCUUCUCAGCUGGGGCUCGGCUCUACCUCAUAAGCCCCGAUGGUGAGGUGCAGUGGCGCCGGGCCCUGAGCCUCUCCCAGGCCAGCCAUGCUGUGGCUGCAAUGCCGAGCGGGGACCGGGUGGCUGUCAGCGUGUCAGGCCACGUGGAGGUGUACAACAUGGAAGGCAGCUUGGCCACCCGCUUUAUACCAGGUGGCAAGGCCAACCGGGGCCUUCGGGCACUGGUGUUUCUGACCACCAGUCCCCAGGGCAAUUUCGUGGGGUCAGAUUGGCAGCAGAAUAGUGUGGUGGUCUGUGAUGGGCUGGGUCAGGUGAUUGGGGAGUAUGGAGGGCCAGGCUUGCAUGGCUGCCAGCCAGGCUCCGUGUCUGUGGAUAAGAGGGGCUACAUUUUUUUGACCCUUCGCGAGGUCAACAAGGUGGUGAUCCUGGACCCAAAGGGGUCACUGCUAGGCGACUUCCUGACAGCCUAUCAUGGCCUGGAAAAGCCCCGGGUGACCACCAUGGUGGAUGGCAGGUACCUGGUUGUGUCCCUCAGUAAUGGGACCAUCCACAUCUUUCGGGUUCGUUCUCCUGACAGUUAA